AAUUUUUUUUAUCCAGGUAGAUUGCCGCUCUAUACGUUUAUUGAGUCAGAUAAAAAUGCCAGCCGUAGUGGUUGGACCUCCUCAACGGAGCGAACAAAUGUGGCAGGCUCUCAAAAUACAUAUUACAAAAGAAAGACAGCGUAAAAAACAAGAACAAGAAGCUGACGCAGAAGAAGAGCGCCAAAGAAAAGAAAGAGAAACGCAACAGAAGCAAAAUGUAAUGACUCUGGGAGAAACGCGAGAACAAAUUUCUACAUUAGAAAGUGAGUUAACGCAAUUUAAAAACGAAAAGCAUCAAUUAUUUGUACAAUUAAAGAAGGUCCUUCAUGAAGAUGAUAAUAGAAGAAGACUUAUCAAAGAAACAAAUGUAUUAUCAGAGCCAAUGCAACAAGUCGGUGGAUAUAUUGACCCAAGCACAACGGUACAUCCUCAUUUAUAUCUUCCGCUUCCAACCAGAAGUCCUCUUUACAAAGUUACUGCUGUCACACCUCCUCAUACGUUAAUGUCAAGUGGUCCUUUGAAAAGAUCACAUAGUCCAUCACCACCGCCGCUACCACCAGUGUCAUCUUAUCAUCCCGGCUAUGGUUAUAAACCACCUCCUUCUAUGCCAAGUUAUAUUUCAACAUCUUCCAAAUCUGAAGAGGCUGCUAGGAGAUCGAGUGAUUCUCGAGUUGUUCUAUGGAAUAAGUCUCCUAAUCAGUUUCCUGGUUCAAGUUAUUAUGGGCCUGCCGCUGGUCAAUACGACUUUUGUCCGCCUACAUCGCAACGUGUCUCAGAGCCUGGAAAACCAGUCUAUUUAACUGCUACUCGUGCCCCAUUACCAACCAUUCAAACAGUACCUUAUACCGAAGAUAAGUUCUACUCACGUCCAGGAAGUCAUGUCGCCGUUCACGGUGGAGCCAUACCAAUUCAACAACCUCCGCAGGGAGCGAAGACGGGUGGUAUUACAAGUGGUUACCCGGUUCGAGCUCCACAGGCAUCGCAAGGACCGUAUCCACCGGCACCUCCGGGUGCUUAUGUGAGUGUAGCUGGCGCAAAUGUACCAGGACGACUUCUUUAUACUCAGCCCGGACCACGAUAUCUUCAACGAGACGUUUAAUGUGACAUAAUUGAAAUUAUAUUUUAUUACACAACCGCAAUACAAACAGUAAAUUGUUAUAAGCUUAAUGUGACUAAAUACAGUGGCGAAAAAUUUUCUCUUUAAUCGCCUUUUCUAACGAUUGUUUUGAAUUGUAAUAGAUUUUACGGCUGACGAUAAGUAAAAACCGGUAUAUUUUACUUUUUUUUUUUUAAUAAAAAUACAC